GCCUCCGCGCGCGCACGCCUCGCCUUUGCGGUGGACCUGCCAGUCGUUUAGGAGCUGCACGUGCGCGGUUUGUAGGGUGCGUGCUGCGAUUUACAUGCGAACCGCACGCCAUGGCUGUGUACGGUGGCGUAUCGGUGCAGGUAGCGCGCGCGUGGCGCUAAUGGGCCGCUGAGGCUGCUAGUAAAGGGUCUGUUCUGUAUUAUUAGUGUUGUUUGAGUCGUGAAGAGAGAGCUGCUUGAAGAUGGCGACGGGAGCAGGGUGGCAGGGACCUAGCAAUUCAUCUACGGCUUCUCCUGCUGCUCCUAACGCUCCCGGAGCAGCCACCAGUCCGUCCUCAUCAACGGCCAGCCAUCUGCUGUAUGAAUCCGGACUGACCAUGGAGUACACGCAGGACCUGCACCUGAAGAUGAGUAAGAAAAUAGCACAGCUAACAAAGGUCAUUUAUGCCCUCAACACCAAGAACGACGAGCACGAGGAGGCCAUCCAGUCUCUGAAGGAGGCGCACGAGGACGAGGUCCAGCACAUCCUGACGGAGACGCGGGAGAAGAUCCUGCAGUAUAAGAGUAAGAUGGGCGAUGAGGCGGAGCUGAAGCGGAGGCUGCAGUCUCUGGAGGAAUCCGUGGAGCUCCACGAGCACAUGAAGCGUCAGGCGCUGGCCGAGUUCGAGAUGUACCGCCAGCGCAUGGAGGACACGCAGCUGUGCGCGGAAGCGCAACACACCCAGCGCGUGGUGUCCAUGUCCCGAGAGGUGGAGGAGAUGAGGCACGACUUCGAGGAGAAGCUGCGCUCCUUCAGCCAGGUACAGGCGCAGUUUGAUCAGGAGAAGCACCGUGCGCUGGAGGAGCUGAAGUCCGUCCACCGGCAGGAGCUGCAGGAGCUGCUGGAGACGCAGCAGAGCCAGAGCGCCUCCAGCUGCCUGGACCAGGAGAAGCUGGCAGAGCUGCACCGAGCCGAGCUGGAGGCGCUAAUGGAGCGCGUGGAGGAGCUCACGCAGGACAAAGUGCGACUGGUGGAGGAGUACGAGGCCAAGCUGGGCAAGGCCCAGGCAUUCUACGAGCGCGAGCUGGAGGCCAUGAGGCGCGCUCAGCAGCUCACCACCGAGAACCUGCUGGCCUGGAAGAGGACGGAGGUGGAGCUGAGGAAGGAGUUCCAGGUCCAGGAGGCUGCCCUGCAGAGAACGCUCUGCAAGCUCCGGUCUGAGCUGCAGAGAGCGCAGGAGGAGGCGAGAGAAAGCAGAGACAAAACCAACAGGCUGCAGGCGUCACUCAACAACGCCGAAGUCACAAUCAAGGAGUUACACAAGCAGCUGGAGGAGGCCAUACAGGACGGAGAGAUUUGGGUGAUGCAGCUGAAAGAUACCGAGUACGAGUUGGAGGGGAGCAGGGAUCGAGUACAGCAGCAGGCCACCGAAAUCCUCCACAAAGCCAGUCACAUUGGGUCCCUGCAGGCCACUCAGAUGAGCCACGAGGCCACUAUCAGAGACCUGCACCUGGAGCAGAGUCGGCUGAAGGAGAAGAUCGUCCAGCUGGAGGAGGAGAAGGAGCGGCUGCAGAGCCAGAGUCAGGCACUGGAGGAGCAGCAGCGCCAGCAGAUCCUCAACCUGGAGAAAUCCCUGCGCGAGGAGAAGCAGAGCUAUGAGCUGGAGCUGGCUCAGGCCCGGGCCAAAUACGAGGAGGAGGCUGCCCGUGUGAAAGAAGGCCAGGCCCAGGCUCUGGAGGAGCUGAUGGAGAAGCACAGAGCGCAGCUGGAGAGCGCGCGGACCACCGCCGAGAGAGAGAAGAACCAGCUACUGAACGAGAUGAGGCAGCAGUAUGAGAUUCGGCGCCUUUCACUGGAGGAGCAGAGGAACCACCUACAGCAGCAACUGGACACCCUCCGCGAGGAGCUCACUGCCAAACUCAAUAUAGCCAACCAAGAGGUGUCUCAUCUGAAUGAACUGGUGAAGGAAGGUGAGGACAGUUUGGAAUCUGCAGAGACCCACAUCUCCCGUCUGAAAGACAACCAGGAGAAGCUGCUGAUUGAGCUGGAUGCCACCAGGGCCAGAGUGAGAGAGACCAGCAAUGUCCUCACUGAUCUUCAGGAGGAGAUAGAAAGCCAGAAGCAGCACCACGAGGCCAGGAUCAUCACCAUCAAAGCCGAGGAGAAGCAGAAAAUGGAUAAAAUCACAGAGGAGCUGGAUAACAAAUGGACGGACGCUCUAAGAGCGGAGCUGAAGAGCCUCCGAGAGGAGCUGACAGAUGAGCAUGAGGCCGAUAAACAGGCGGUCCUCACUCAGGUGUCCCAGCAGAGAGAUCUGGAGUUGAUGGCAGCCAGAGAGAGCUGGCAGAGGAAGGUGGAGGACCUUCUGGAACAGAUCUCCUUGCUGAAGCAGAGUCUGGAGCUGCAGCUGUCUCAGUCCCAGGCCGCGCUGCAGCAGCUGCAGGCUCAGUUUGCUCAGGAGCGCGAGCACCUGGCCCAGGAGCUGCAGGAGAUGGCCCUGCAGCACCAGCGCCGAGAGCGCCACCUGCAGGACGCUCACUGCUGCGCUAUGGAGGACCUGGACAAAGAACGGCAGCUCGAGCUCAGGGAGCUAGAGGAACGUCUGAAGCAGGAACAGAGAGAAGAGCUACACGCUCUAAGAGAAGCCCACAGACAGACGCUGGAGAUCCUCCGUCAGCAGUCUGACCAAGAGCUUCAGACUCUACGGUUUGAGCUGGAGGACGAAGGCAAAGCUAUGCUGGCCUCCCUGCGUUCUGAGCUGAACCACCUGCAUGCCACAGCUAUAGAGCACCUGCGACAGGUACACCUGCAGGAGAACACGGCGGCCAAGCGAGAGCUGGACAACACUAUGGAGCGCUGCGAACAGCACGAGCAGGACCUGCUGGGUCGUAUCUCAGAUCUGCAUCAGGAGGUGAACUGCAGGAAGAACCGAAUCGCCGACCUGGACCACGAGAUCCACUCGCUAAACGAAACCAUCAGCACACUGACCAAGGAGCUGGAGCUGAAGGGCAAAGAGGUGCUGCGCAUCCGCAGUGAGGCCAACCUGCAGAUCAGGGCUCAUGAACAGGAUCUGUCCAAGAGGCACGAGAGGGAGUUGGCGGAGUUGAACAUGUCCCAUAACAGAGAAACUCAGAUCAUGUUUUCAGAUUUCAACAAAGCUCAGGAGCUUCUGAAGGACAAGAUCUCUGCUCUCCAGAUCCUGCUGGAGGGCACAGAGGAGAAGUUUAGGAACAGAGAGAGUCGGCCUGAGGACCUGCAGACCAUCGCUGAGCUCCGAGAGAUGGUGGCGGAGAGAGAGACUCUGGUCAAAAAGCUGGUGGACGAUAAGAAGUUCUACCAACUGGAACUGGUGAACCGAGAGACGAGCUUCAACAAAGUGUUCAACACCAGCCCCAACGUGGGGGUCAUUAACCCCCUUAUUAAGCCCUCGUGAGGAGGACGAGUCGACGGAAGCAGCAGCAGAUGAGCGGCCGCAGGAGCUGACCUCUCAGUACUUCUCCUUCUGACUCUGUCCAACUCACCGAGCUGAAGAGCAUGUGAAACGUAGAGGUUUCAAUACUCCAUUAGUCUGUGUUCAAUACUUCACUGUGAAUUUCACUUCAGGAUUUUAUUUUUUAUUUAUUUAUGUGUUUAUUUAUUGAUUGAUUGAUUUAUUUUGGCCAAUAAGAUACUUUUGACUUGGGCAUUUAUGCAAUAGAAGAGAAGAUCCGCAUCUGAUUUAUGUUCGCAGACACCAACUCUUUUUUCUUGAUGGACCGAAACUGUUGGAAUACCAGUGUCUUGCCAGUUUUAAAAAUAAAUUGCACAGUGUUUAUAUUUAUAUUAUAUUGUCUUGUUACAAACAAUAAACCAUCGGUUGUAAAA